AGUGAGUUUCAUCUGAUAGAAAAGAAAAAUGUCGAACACUCCUGUGGCCGUGGUGACUGGGGGCAACAAAGGGAUCGGGCUUGCUAUUGUGCGAGCUCUGUGUAAGCAGUUCUCUGGGGAUGUGUACCUGACAGCCCGGGAAGCCGGGCAUGGCCAGGCAGCAGUGGCAGAAUUGCAGAAGGAGGGUCUGAAGCCGCUGGACAUCAAUGAUCUGCAGAGUAUCAGGGCUCUCCGGAACUUCCUGAAGGAGAAAUAUGGAGGGCUGAAUGUGUUGGUUAACAAUGCAGGAAUUGCUUUCAAAGUUGCUGAUACUACUCCAUUCACUACUCAAGCGGAGGUUACCCUGAAGACAAACUUUUUUGGAACCAGGGAUGUUUGCACAGAGUUGCUGCCUCUCAUAAAACCUAAUGGCAGAGUGGUGAAUGUAUCUAGCAUGGUAGCGGUUUCAGCUUUGGCAAAGUGCAACGAAGACCUGCAGCAGAAGUUUCGCAGUGAUACAAUCACUGAGGAAGAACUCGUGAAGCUCAUGACCAAGUUUGUGGAGGAUACAAAGAACGGAGUGCAUGAGAAGGAGGGCUGGCCCAACACUGCUUAUGGUGUGUCUAAAAUUGGAGUCACCGUCUUGUCCAGAAUUCAUGCCAGGAUGUUGAAUGAGAAAAGGAAAGCUGACCAAAUUCUGCUGAAUGCCUGCUGCCCUGGCUGGGUAAGAACUGACAUGGCUGGUCCAAAUGCCACUAAAAGUCCCGAUGAAGGAGCUGUGACUCCAGUCUAUUUAGCACUUCUGCCUCCUGGUGCUGGUGAGCCUCAUGGCCAACAUGUUAGUGAAAAGAAAGUACGUACAUGGUAAAUUUGUUUUGAUAAUGCAUUGUUUGGCCAGAGAGGCAGGUUAGAAACCAUAUUAAACAUCACUGAUUUACCUUUGGUACCAAUAAUGAUGUGUAGUACCUAUGUGACCUUUCUAAUCCCAGUUAAGUUUUACAGAUACAUCCACAUAACUGUUUCUAUUAUAAAAUAAUUACAGGCUGGAAUAGAGCAUGAAUUAAGUUCUUUAUAAUUUACUGUAACGUAUUGAAAAAUGCGGAACACAUUGAAAUAAAAAGGGCAAUCCAGUGUCUUU